AUGGAACGUUCAGUUGAAGAAAAUCCUAAAAUUACUCUUAAAGGACUAAGUGAAAAAAUCCGUGAAGAUUUUGCACUCAAUGUCUCCAACGAAUGCGUUCGACAGCAUCUCAAUGGAUUGAUGUUUACUUUGAAGACUGCUCGUAGAGAACCAGAGAACGCGAAUAGUAUUCAAACGAUAGAAAAUUUAUUGGAUCUUCAAGCACAAAAUAUACCUAUCAUAUACAUGGACGAGACAAACUUUAAUUUGUUCAUAUCGCGGACUCAGGGUUGUUCAAAAAAAGGGACUCGCUGCACAACAGUGUCUGCAGGUUGCAGAGGGUCGAAUAUUCACCUAAUAGCAUGCAUUGGAAACAUGGGGCUAAUUCAUUCCGAAGUACGUCGGGGCUCUUUCAAGAAGCCGGAAGCAAAUGAAUUUGUGAGGCAAUGCCUAAGAAGAGCGCAAGGCCUUUACCAAACUGGAGUUGCAUUAGUUAUUGAUAAUGCUCCAUGCCACUCUACUAUUGAAGAGGUUUUUGCAGAAAACGAAUUUGAACACCACACAGUUUUACGACUAAGUCCGUACAGCCCUAUGUUUAAUCCUAUUGAACAAGCAUGGUCUGCAUUAAAAGCAGGAGUAAAAGCAGAUAUGGCUGUACAGCUAAAUAACAUCUUGGCUGGUGCUGACCGGGAUCAUCUGACUCAAACAGAAUAUCGAAUGCAAAAAUUAGAUUAA